AUCUUCUAUGAAAAGAAACUCACGACCCUUUCACUUUCACUCUGUACAUUCUGGUUACUCGCUGUUAACAAACCAUGGCUUCCUUCAAAUGCUUCCAUUUUUUCAUCAUCACUUUGCAAGUUUUUGCUGCAAUACCCAUUUUCUCAUUAGCAGAUUCCUCCUUCACACAAAAUCAGCUCUUCACAAAGUUCCUAGACACUGCCAAGAAACCUGAGCUUUUUGAUUGGAUGCUCACUAUCAGAAGGAAGAUACACCAGUUUCCUGAAUUGGCCUAUCAAGAAUUUCAAACCAGUGAAGUCAUAAGAGCAGAAUUGGAUAAGUUGGGGAUCCCCUAUAAACACCCUGUUGCAGAAACUGGUGUUAUUGGCUUCAUAGGGUCUGGAAAGUCACCUUUUGUUGCCUUAAGAGCUGAUAUAGAUGCUCUUCCCAUGCAAGAAAUGGUGGAGUGGGAGCACAUGAGUCAAGUAGAUGGAAAGAUGCAUGCUUGUGGUCAUGAUGCUCAUACUACAAUGCUUCUUGGUGCUGCUAAGAUUCUCAAACAGCAUGAAAAUGAGAUUAAGGGAACUGUUGUUCUUGUUUUCCAACCAGCAGAGGAAGGAGCUGCAGGGGCUAAGAAAAUUGUUGAAUCUGGAGCCUUGGAAAAUGUAUCUGCUAUCUUUGGAUUGCAUGUGCUACCUACGCUUCCAGUAGGUGAAGUGGCUUCUAGAUCUGGUCCUUUAAUGGCAGGGUCUGGUCGGUUUGAAGCAAUUAUCAAUGGAAAGGGAGGUCAUGCAGCUAUUCCUCAUACUGCUGUUGACCCGAUUUUGGCGGCUUCGAAUGUAGUUAUUAGCUUACAAUACCUUGUUUCUCGCGAGGCUGAUCCUUUGGACUCCCAGGUUGUGACGGUUGCAAAGUUUCAAGCUGGGAGUGCAUUCAAUGUUAUUCCAGAUUAUGUCACAAUUGAUGGAACCUUUAGAGCUUUUACCACAGAAAGCUUGGAGUACCUGAGACACCGCAUUGAGCAGGUUAUCGUUGGACAAGCAGCUGUGCAGAGGUGCAAUGCAACUGUCAACUUCCAUGAUGAAGUGAAUCCUUCCUAUCCUCCAACUAUAAAUGAUGAUGGCUUGCACGAGCAGUUUCGAGAUGUUGCGGUGAAUUUGCUCGGUGCAGAUAAAGUUCACAUUGACAUGCCGCCAAUGACGGCUUCUGAAGACUUCUCAUACUAUCAAAAGGUCAUGUCUGGCUACUUCUUUUUUCUUGGGAUUCAGAAGGAUCACCGGCCUCAUUUUUUGCACUCACCGUAUCUCAUGAUCGAUGAAGAAGGUCUUCCUUAUGGAGCUGCACUUCAUGCCUCAUUAGCUAUUAAUUAUCUUCAAAAACAUCAGCAACAAGGACCAACGGGGGAAGGGAAAUUUCGUGAUGAGUUAUAGUUGUUAUUAACCAUUUUAAGCUUCCAGCCUUAAGGGAAUUAUAAGUUAGAAUUUCCACUUGGAAAAUGUUACUGCUAUCUUGAUGUAAUUCCUUUCUUCAUAGUACACGUAACUUCAACUUGAAUAACAAUAAAUUUUCAUUCACACC